UUAUGUUUUUUUCAUAAAUUCUUGGAGGUCACCCACUGCCAUGGGCGCAGCCAUAUUGUAUUGUGCUUACUACGCAAUAUUCGUACUCACAAGAGUAACACAAUCCAUCAUGAGCGACAGAAAGAAGAGAAACAGAGGACAUGAGAAGAAAAGCCAAAAGACAGACCUUGAAGAGGACAGCACAGCUGAUCAGCAGCCGGCAGUGGAUGAGACCUCCCCGGUGAUACAGAUGUUCCGAUCCUUCCAACAGCAGCUUGACAGCAAACACGACAAACAUGAGAGGAUUGUGAAGCUGAGCCGUGACAUCACCAUCGAGAGCAAGAGGACAAUAUUCAUGUUACACAGAUUUAAAGAUGUUACAACAAGUGCCAGUCUUCUCGAGCAAGCAGAAUCCAAACUUGUUGAACUGGAAGGGUCCAAAUUCAAGCAGGUUGCUAAGGAAAUUCAGGGAACAGAUCCAUUCAUGUUUCUAAGAGCAUACUCAGCAGGGCUACAGGAAUACAUAGAGGCACUUACAUUCCUGUUUUUCCUGAAAAACAAUCAUCUGAUCUCCCUGGAAGAUGUUCAGAAAAGACUGACCUUCACUGACACACCUCCAGUAGAUGACAGCCAAUCAGAAGGCGCUUCUCAAGCUCCAGUAGAAACAGACUCAACUGCUGACCAAUCAAAUCCUUCUGAACUGAAAGCUCUUACAGUAUGGGUUCCUACAUCAGAGUAUGUCUUGGGAAUCGCUGAUCUGACCGGGGAGAUGAUGAGAAGAGCUAUAAAUAGCGUAGGCGAUGGCGACCUAACGAGGCCAUUUGAAAUCUGUACCUUUCUUCAGGAGAUGGAAUCAGGUUAUAGCGGACUGACCAACUGUAACAGAGAGGUGAAUCGAAAGUUGACAGUUUUGCGUCAAAGCCUGCGAAAAGUUGAAAACGCCUGUUACACAUUAAGAGUUCGGGGCUCAGAAAUCCCUAAGCACAUGUUGGUAGACAUGAUUUCAAAGUCAAGCGGAGCAGCACAGUUUAUUGAAGAGCUUGGGGUUGACGAAGAUUAGUCCAGUUUUGACUGUUAUCUUGUUUCAAAAAGCGAAAACUGUGUAUUAUGUGAACUAUGUGGGGAAAAAGUAAAUACGGCUUUGAAGAUUUAAAUGUGAAACAAUUAUGCUGUUUUGGCAUGAAAAACAAUAAUAUCUGUGAGGAUUGCUCAGUGUUCUAGAACUAUGUACUUGGUUUUACAAACAUGGUACAUGUAGAUGGUGUUUGGGAACAGUCAAAAUACAUUGUGAUCUGCUGUAUAUAGCCUGUUUAAUAAACCAUCAUGUAACACCAUCAUUAAACAAUAAAUCUUUACAUUUCCAGUCUUUAGAUAAUCUUCAAAAUCAUAUGUUUCAAGUCCAUUUCAUUUUUUUUUUAUUAUGUAUGAAUUUUCAUAAUACAAGGAAUUUGAUAUUAAAAUAUACUUCUUGUUAGAUGCAUACCAGUAUACAUUAACUAGAAAUGUUGUUUUCAAAGCACUGUCUUUGAAAACUGAUAAAGUCCUUUAAAUGGAAGCUAAUUUGAAGAGAGACAAUAUUGAAGGAGAGGUAAAAUAGUUUUUACAUUAAAUAUCUCCAAGUAUUUAGUAAAUGUCUUGGCAAAUGCAUUAUAAAAAACAAACAAGUGGAAAUAACAUUUGCAAUUAUGUGCGUGUUUCUUACAAGGUGCACAACUUCACAUCACUAUCUAUCUAUGUUCCAAGUUUCAAAGAAUUCAAAUUCCUUCAAGUAGUUUUUGAGUAAAUGUCUGGACAAAAUUACUUCAAAAAAAAUAAAUUACACCUCAACUUCCAUUCCUUAAAUGAAUUGCCUUUCGGAAAUUGCGUUUAUCAAUCGAUGAACGCAACAUCUUCAGAUAUGUUGGGAUCGCAAUUCAUUGCAUGACAAUAUACAUGAAAUGUAUUGAUCUUGUUAUUGUUUGUAUUGUGUCAGCAAGUCCUGUAACAUAUAAAUCAAUAUUUAAGAAAGUAUUAUUUUUUUUCAAUUUUAAAUAAAUUGUUGCCAUAAG